AUGAGCAGUGCUGCUCAAAACGAUCAAGCUAAUGAAUUUGCUUUCAAUAUUCAUAAAUGUGUUGAAUUAGCAUAUCAGUCGUCGGAGAGUAUUGAAGAAUGCUUUAAGCAUCUCAAAUGUGAAUUUGAGCAAAAAAAUGGAUUUGAAAAAUUUUUCAGUUAUUUUCAACAAACAUUUAUUGAUCCAACAGCAAUAUUUCCUAUUGAUUUUUGGAAUAUUCAUGACAGUCUUGCGGAUUCGUUGAAAAUGGCAGACGAUGUAAAAUACUGGCGCGAUUAUUUUCAGAAAAUUUUUAAUGGUGAAUGUUGUACAAAGUUGAACGUGUUUAUACAGAAAUUACAAGAAUUUUAA